GUUACUGUGAACAAUAAGGACGUGCCGGCACGAACAGUAGUGUGAAACCUCGAAAGGGAUUGUCAGAGAAAGAUGACAUUGGGCGCACAAAUCGAGGCCUCCACGGAAAAUGGGAGUAUGAAAAUCCCUCUGAUGAAUGGCAACGAGGACGGUACCAGUACUGAUAUGAAGGAAGUUGCGGAGGAAACCGGAAGCACGAGCACACUCGCAAAGAACGUCGUCGAGAAGGGUGAAGUAGAAGCCACAAAAGAGAAAGGAAGCGAGACAGAAAAAGAGAAGGAGAAGGAGGAAGCAAAAGACAAGAAGAAUGAUAAGAGCGAAAAAGAAGAUGGAGAUAAAGAUGCUGGAAGUGAGCAAGAAAUUGUUUUCAUUCAAGAUAUGGGAUUCACCGUUAAGAUCGUUAGUCCAGGUGCUGAACCCUUUGAUAUUCAAGUAUCCAGUAUGGAAUUGGUUCAGGAAAUCCAUCAAUUGCUCAUGGAUCGCGAGGAUACCUGUCACCGUACGUGUUUCUCCCUUCAGCUCGACGGUAACACGUUGGACAACUUCGCCGAGCUGAAGAAUGUCGAGGGCCUAAAAGAAGGUUCGGUGAUUAAAGUCGUGGAAGAACCGUACACGAUGCGAGAAGCUCGUAUACACGUCCGACACGUUCGAGAUUUAUUGAAAUCCGUGGAUCCUGCGGAUGCUUAUAACGGCGUUGAAUGUAGCAGUUUGUCGUUCCUAAACGUGGUUACCAAUGGCGAUAUCCUCGAGAAGAAAAAGAGCAGAGCAGAUUCAGUCGAUUGUACUCCGCCUGAUUACAUUAUACCUGGCUGUAAAGAUAGGCCACUACUACCUCUACAACCGCAAGCCAAAGAACAAAAAUGUCCCCCUUGUUUAAAAGUAUUAACAACAUCCGGAUGGAACCCACCACCUGGUCAUAGAAAGCUUCACGGUGAUUUAUUAUACUUGCACGUGGUUACGUUAGAGGACAAGCAAUAUUACUUGACCGCGUGCGCCAGAGGUUUCUUCGUCAAUCAAUCGACAAAAGAAGUAUUUAAUCCGAAACCGGCGACCCCGAGUCAUCUGUGUCACAGCUUAAUUGAACUACUGAAUCAGCUCAGUCCAGCAUUUAAACGGGGUUUCACUGCUAUGCAAAGACGGAGGACGCAAAGACAUCCAUUCGAACGAGUCGCCACACCUUAUCAACUUUACGCCUGGUCCGCGCCUCAAAUUGAACACACGAUCGAUGCAAUACGCGCUGAAGAUACUUUCUCUUCUAAAUUGGGAUACGAAGAGCACAUCCCAGGGCAAACUCGAGACUGGAACGAGGAGUUACAGACAACGAGAGAACUACCUCGUAAAAAUUUACCCGAAAGACUGCUUAGAGAACGUGCUAUUUUUAAAGUACACAGUGAUUUUGUCGCUGCUGCAACUCGAGGAGCAGUGGCUGUAAUAGAUGGUAAUGUAAUGGCAAUAAAUCCAGGCGAGGAAGCGAAGAUGCAGAUGUUUAUUUGGAACAAUAUAUUCUUCUCCCUUGGAUUCGAUGUUAGGGAUCAUUACAAAGAACUUGGUGGCGAUGCUGCUGCUUUCGUCGCGCCUAGGAACGAUUUACAAGGUGUCAGAGUGUACGCUGCCGUUGACCUGCUCGGUCUUUAUACGCUUGGUACCGUUGUAAUCGAUUACAGAGGAUAUCGUGUCACCGCUCAGUCAAUCAUCCCUGGAAUCUUGGAACGUGAGCAGGAGCAAUCCGUAGUUUAUGGUUCUAUAGAUUUUGGAAAAACUGUUCUCACGCAUCCAAAGUAUCUUGAAUUGUUGAACAAAACUGGUCAACAAUUAAAAAUUCUUCCUCAUAAAGUUAUCAACGAUGCCGGUGAAGAAGUUGAGCUUUGUAGCAGUGUAGAAUGCAAAGGUAUUAUUGGGAAUGAUUCUCGACAUUACGUGUUGGACUUGUUACGAACUUUCCCUCCUGAUGUCAACUUCCUCAAACUGGAAGGUGUAGAACUGAGUAAAGAGGCUAGAGCUUUAGGUUUUCCAAUUGAGCACAAACAUAAAUUAGCAUGCCUUCGUCAGGAAUUGAUCGACUCGUUUGUCGAAGCUAGGUACGUGCAAUUCAUUAAACAUGCCGCUGUUCAUCUUCAGCAACUUACGUCUGCAAGAAGAGUGCAAAAGGAAAAGGAAACCACUGCCAAAGAAGGUAAAAAGGAAGAAACCAAUGCCAUUGCAGUGGAUAGUAAUAAAGAAGAUUCUACUCACGCAUUAAUUGAAACAGACGAAGCUAAGAAAAUCGUUGAGAGUAUUACGGAUUCAAUUACUGGUGGGGAGAAACAAGAAUUGGAAGAAAGUACAAAGGAAAUUGUUCGAAGAGCUGCAACUGCAGUCGGUAGUUUACGAGAUGCCGAAUUUGACGUCAGGUUUAAUCCAGACGUAUUCUCUCCGGGUGUAAGGCAUCCUGAUCCAAGUGGUCCUGCUUUAAAAAAACAGAAGCAAUUGGUGCAAGAUGCCGCUGACUUUUUACUCACCGUGCAGAUACCUACUUUUAUUCGAGAAUGUUUGGAUCACACUGCUGCUGCAAUGGACGGUAAUACAUUAGUAGAAGCUUUACACGGUAAAGGUAUCAACGUGCGAUACCUUGGCAAAUUAGCAGCUAUGUUAUCUACAGUUCCACAGUUGCAAUACCUUAAGCGAAUCGCUGUUUCAGAGCUUCUUUUGCGUUCAGCAAAACACAUUUUUACAUUUUAUAUGCAGGGUACGGAAUUGAUGAGUCUUUCCGCAGCAAUUAGCCAUUUCUUAAAUUGCUUAUUAUCAUCUGCACAAAUCAUUCAUCCACAACAAAAUCUGGAAGAGCUUCAAAGUAAAACUGCCAAGCGACGCAAUAAACGAAAAGGUAGAAAUAACGGUCCGCAACAGUCUGAAGUGGAAUGGGCUUCCUUGACACCUAAGUCUCUUUGGCAACAAAUUAAAGCGGAUCUAAAAUGUUAUUAUGAUUGGGAAACGCUGUGUCCAGAAUCGUUGGACGCCACGAUAGAACAUUUUCAUCUUCAGAAAAUCUCGUUGCUUCGCAAUUUCUGUAUAAAGACUGGUAUCCAAAUAUUAUUACGUGAAUAUAACUUCGAGAACAAGAAUAGGGCCACGUUCUUCGAGGAAGACAUCCUCAACAUAUUCCCUGUUGUGAAGCAUAUCAAUCCUAGGGCUAGUGAUGCAUAUAACUUCUAUACAACUGGUCAAAAUAAGAUUCAACAAGGCUACUUGAAAGAUGGAUACGAAUUAAUCAGCGAGGCGCUGAAUUUACUGAACAAUGUUUACGGUGCUAUGCAUCCUGAGAUAGCACAGUGCCUAAGAAUGCUUGCACGAUUGAAUUAUAUAAUGGGUGACCACGGUGAAGCUCUUUCUACUCAACAAAAAGCGGUUCUUAUGUCGGAACGUGUUAACGGAAUAGAUCAUCCAUAUACCAUUACUGAAUAUAUUCAUCUCGCCUUGUACUCCUUCGCUAAUGGUCAAGUUUCCGUGUCACUUAGGUUAUUAUACAGAGCACGAUAUUUGGCUUUGUUGGUUUGUGGUGAAGAUCAUCCAGAAGUAGCGCUUCUUGAUAGCAACAUUUCAUUGAUACUUCACGCUGUUGGGGAGUACGAAUUGUCGCUCCGCUUUUUGGAGCACGCAUUGGCUCUAAAUCUUCGGUAUCAUGGGCCACGGUCUUUGAAGGUAGCUGUUUCUUAUCACCUUGUCGCAAGAACUCAGUCUUGCAUGGGUGACUUCCGGGCAGCUUUAAAUAAUGAGAAAGAAACGUAUGCUAUUUACAAGCAACAGUUAGGCGAGGAUCAUGAGAAAACCAAAGAAAGUAGUGACUGCUUAAGACAUCUCACGCAACAGGCCGUAGUUCUGCAGAAAAAGAUGAACGAAAUUUACACUGGCAAAUCGGGAGUCAGUCUACCCCCGAUUCAGGUGCAACCGCCUAGUAUGGGGUCCGUACUUGACAUGUUGAACGUAAUUAAUGGUAUUCUGUUCGUUCAAAUUAGCCAACAGGAUAUCGAGAACUUUAAAGCAGAAAUAGAGAAACGACAGAAGGAACAGACGCCUGAUGGUGAAAUCAAGGCGAUCCAAAAUGGAAACAAGAAGAGUGAAAAGGAGAAUAAGAAGGAGGAAAAAGAAAAUAAUAAAAAAGAGGAGAAGGAAAAUAAAAAGAACGAGAAAGAGAGCAAAAAAGAAGACAAAGCGAAUAAAAAAGACGAUAAGGAAAACAAAAAAAUAGAGAAGAAGGUUGAAACACAGAAAGUAGAAUUGAAAAAAUUAGAAGAAAAUAAGACGUUAGAACCAGUAGUUGCAGAGAGCUGAGCUCGUUUUAAACCGCUAAUGAUGAUACUUAGUAGUUUUUUUUUCUGAAUCCUAGUCUUUCCCUGCCCGCGUCCAGUCUUUUUAAGAGUAACGCGAGCACGGCAUAUAUUAUUGAUUGGGAUAAAUCGAAAAUGGCAGUGUUUGCUCGAUAUGAGGAUCUUUCGUGUAUCGUAUGUACGUUCAUAAAGUGCUAUCGGAAUCGGAACUUUUACUGUGUGGCGACCGACGACAGUAUGGGUGAAACUUUUCGAGAGAGCUAAAUUUCCUAACGCUCGCGAUGCUCGACUAUAAUACGCCAAGCUGCAGAAUUUAUUUGACUGAUUUAUGACUGCAUAUA